UCAAGUUUGACAAUUUUUCUUAAUAAGUUUUCAUUCCCAGUAUCUUUUCUGAAAGGAUAUUAUUCGUAUUUUUUUAAUAGACAUGAAAGAUAGAGAGAUCGGGUCUUUGCUGUUUUUAACGGAUAAGAGUUACACAAGAAUAAUGGGACACUUGCGUCGCAAAGAGAUAGAAAAUGAAGCAGUUCAAAGAGAAAUAGCUUACAAGAGACACUUGAAGGAACGAUCAGCUGCGAUGGCUGAAAAAUGGCCGGAUUCAAUACAAAAUAUAAAAAACAGAGAACAAGAACGAAGAGAAAUGAAGGAGCAGCUCUUGGAGCAGAUGCGCAACGAACAAUCAGAAUAUUACAAGGAAUUCCAUAGGCAAGAAAGAAAGAAAUAUCUUGCCGAUAUCAGGGAGAAGAUGAAAAUGAAGAGACAACCGACAUCCUUCCUAUCCACCGCCCUACUAGAGUCGCAUAUACGCGCUGAAAAUGCGGCUAAUAUCAAGCUGAGGAAAGAAAUAAAACGUGAAGAGGAGGAGAAGGAAGCCAAAUGGGUUGAAUCGAUGUAUAAAGAUGUAGAAGAGUAUAGAUCAAGCGAGGAAGUGAAAAAAUGCAGAGCACGUGAAAAGUCCAAGCUGCUGCAAGCUUUUCAGCUGAAACAAAUUGAAGAUAAGCUGAAGCAUGAUCAGGAAGAAAAGGACAACAGGUUGGAAGAAGAGAGAGAUGAUUUAAAAAAAUCGCAGGACGAAAUUGAACAACGAAGGUAUAACGAAUUGGAAGACUUCAGAAAUCGAAAAAAGGGAAUGAGAAAAUACAUGCACUCACAGCAUCAGAAGAAGGAAAGGGAAAAAAAUAUCCUCAAGACGGAAGAUGCAGAAUUAACCGAAGUCUGUAACAUAUACAAUGAGUUCAAUAUGACUAGAAGAUGUCGAAUAGAUAACCAAAAGAAACAGGAAUUAAUGGAUGCCAACGAAGCUAGACAAAAAUUGGGCCUUUCAAACAAACAAGUAGAUGACAAUAAGGAGGAGAAGCAAAAUGAAAUUCUAGCAAAGCAGCAUAUGGAACAAGAAGAACAAUAUCAUCGAGAAAAAGAAAAAGAGGCCAAACGUAGGGUUGAAAUGCAGAAAGAAAUGGAUAAAUUUUACUCUGAUUCCAUCUCGAGGAAGCAGCAGAGGGAAAAUGAAAUGGCUGAGGUAUUGCGAUAUAAGAGGGCAGAACGAAUCAAGGACAUGGAAGAAAUAAAUAAAUAUGACGACAUGAAAAAGAAGAGAAUUCGAAAUUCCGAAAUAGAAUUUACGAAAGAGUGGGAAAAACAAAUCGAAGAGAAAAAAGAAUUUGAUAGCAAGAAGAAUCCCCAGAAAAUCGUGCGUGACAUUCAUGAAGUUGAAGAUGAAAAAUUUUUCCUAUACUCGAAAGAUGUCCUAGAGCAUGCAAGAAAAAAGGGAUUUGAUGAUCAGCCCAUAACGAGGGAAAUAAAUAAAUACUGCAAGAAUAAUCGACUACCACCUUAUCCAGAAUGCUUGGACUCGGUAGAAGCACUCCCACCAGCAUUAGAGAAAAGUGCAGUAAAAUUACCCAAAAUAUGAUUUGGAAAAAUACGCACCUUUUGUGUGUACCAGUUCAUAGCCUCUUAAUGAGUGUCUGACAAAAUGUGGGAGGUUCAUUUUUAUAUUUAUAUCUUUAUUUUUACUCAAUAUUUUAUAUAUAAUUGUAGCUAUAACUAUUAAUGCAAAAUAAACUUGACGAUUGGCUGUUAUAAAA